GCCGAGCGCUGCGCUCGGCCGGCGUGCCUCGCGCCCUAACGGGCGGCCGGGGGCGCCAAUCAGCGGGCGGCAGGGUGCCAGCCCCGGGGCUGCGCCGGCGAAUCGGCGGGGCUCGCGGCCCGGGGUGGGAGGCGGGUCUACCGCGCGGCCGCGGCGGCGGCGGAGCAGCUCCCAGCCAGCAGCCAGCGAGCGCCGAGCGAGCCGCCCGGAGCCCCUCAUCCCAUUCGGAAGAGGAAGGAACAAAAGGUCCCGGACCCCCGGCUCUGACGGGGCGGGACCCGGAGCCUCGGCGCUCAGGUUAGAUAGAGAAGCGUCUUUUCUCAGUGUGGGUUGCGGCCUUUGGUAAGAGCAUGUCGUCCAUCUUGCCCUUCACUCCGCCAGUCGUGAAGAGACUGCUGGGAUGGAAGAAAUCAGCCGGUGGCUCUGGAGGAGCGGGUGGAGGAGAGCAGAACGGACAAGAAGAAAAGUGGUGUGAGAAAGCGGUUAAAAGUUUGGUGAAGAAGCUAAAGAAAACAGGACGAUUAGAUGAGCUUGAGAAAGCCAUCACCACUCAGAAUUGUAAUACUAAAUGUGUUACCAUACCAAGCACUUGCUCUGAAAUUUGGGGACUGAGUACACCAAAUACGAUAGAUCAGUGGGAUACAGCAGGCCUUUACAGCUUCUCUGAACAAACCAGGUCUCUGGAUGGCCGUCUGCAAGUGUCUCAUCGAAAAGGACUGCCACAUGUGAUAUACUGCCGAUUGUGGCGUUGGCCUGACCUUCACAGUCACCAUGAACUCAAAGCCAUUGAAAACUGCGAAUAUGCUUUCAAUCUUAAAAAGGAUGAAGUAUGCGUAAACCCUUACCACUACCAGAGAGUUGAAACACCAGUUUUGCCUCCGGUAUUGGUGCCACGGCACACCGAGAUCCUGACCGAACUGCCUCCCCUGGAUGAUUAUACCCACUCCAUUCCAGAAAACACUAAUUUCCCAGCGGGAAUUGAGCCACAGAGUAAUUACAUCCCAGAAACGCCACCUCCUGGAUAUAUCAGUGAGGAUGGAGAAACGAGUGAUCAACAGUUGAACCAAAGUAUGGAUACAGGAUCUCCAGCAGAACUGUCUCCUACUACUCUUUCCCCUGUUAAUCAUAGUUUGGAUUUGCAGCCAGUUACUUACUCAGAACCUGCAUUUUGGUGUUCAAUAGCAUAUUAUGAAUUAAACCAGAGGGUUGGAGAGACCUUCCACGCAUCACAGCCCUCACUCACUGUAGACGGUUUCACAGAUCCAUCCAAUUCAGAGAGGUUCUGCCUAGGGUUGCUCUCCAACGUCAACCGAAAUGCCACCGUAGAAAUGACAAGAAGACAUAUAGGAAGAGGAGUACGCUUAUAUUACAUAGGUGGAGAAGUUUUUGCAGAGUGCCUAAGCGAUAGUGCAAUCUUUGUGCAGAGCCCCAACUGUAAUCAGAGAUACGGCUGGCACCCGGCAACAGUGUGUAAAAUCCCACCAGGCUGUAAUCUGAAGAUCUUCAACAACCAGGAAUUUGCUGCUCUUCUGGCUCAGUCUGUCAAUCAGGGUUUUGAAGCCGUGUAUCAACUAACUAGAAUGUGCACCAUAAGAAUGAGUUUUGUGAAAGGGUGGGGAGCAGAAUACCGAAGGCAGACGGUAACAAGCACUCCUUGCUGGAUCGAACUUCAUCUGAAUGGGCCUCUGCAGUGGUUGGACAAAGUGUUAACUCAGAUGGGAUCCCCUUCAGUGCGUUGUUCAAGCAUGUCCUAAAGCCUCGGCACCAGUCAAGCGCCAUCAAAAGACUUAACGUAACAACUCUUCUGUCAUAGUAUUUGUGUGUGGUCCCCACGGACUGUUUACUGUCCAAAAAUUCCAGAGAGAAAACAGCACUUGAGGCCUCGUCAAUUAAAGCACCUUGUGGAAUCGGUUUCCUAUAUUCGAAUAUUAGAUGGGAAAAUUAGUGUCUAGAAAUACCCUCCCAUAAAGGAGAAAGAGAAGAUUUUAAAGACUUGACUGAUGUCUUGUUGGGCCUAAAACUGAGUGUCCCAAAGGUUUAUUAAUAACAGUAGUAGUUAUGUGUACAGGUAAUGUAUCAUGAUCCAGUAUCACAGUAUUGUGCUGUUUAUAUACAUUUUUAGUUUGCAGAAAUUAGGUGUGUGUGUGCUGCUUCUUGAUUUAGGCAAGCCUUUAUAAAGUUACAGUACCUAAUCUGUUAUUCCCACUUCUCCGUUAUUUUUGUGUGUCUUUUUUAAUAUAUAAUAUAUAUCAAGAUUUUCAAAUUAUCAUUUAGAAGCAGAUUUCCCUUGUAGAAAAACUAAUUUUUCUGCCUUUUACCAAAAAUAAACUCUUGGGGGAAGAAAAGUGGAUUAACUUUUGAAAUCCUUGACCUUAAUGUGUUCAGUGGGUCUUAAACAGUCAUUCUUUUUGUGUUACUUACUGCUAAAUCUCACUGUAACGAAACUUUGCAGAAAAUCUUCCCAGACCUCUUCUCCAUCCCCGCUUUUGCCCUGAUACCAAAACUGUGUAGCAUGACAUCCAUCACUGAAAUGGUGGCACUGAUACUGCCAGCACCAGUUAAUUCUGGGGCACAGUGCGAAUUCAUAUGGAAUAAACCCCUCCGUCUCGCAGCGAAUUUCAACGGAUAGUAAUUGACUUGCGUAACCAAGCAGUCUGGUGAUUUAUCCUUGCACCUCAUAAAAACGCAAAUGGCAGUAUAAUUGUUUUCAGGGAUAUGCUACAGUUAUUUCACUAUAUUUAUCCUUUUUUUUUUUUUUUUUUUUUAAAGCCAGUCUCUAGAUACAAACACUCUUUUUUUAAAAGCUAUUUUAAAAUACUUCAAUAGCAGACCUAGGGCUCUUUGAGUUUCGUGUGAUUUAGUCACCAGGUUGUAUUAUGAAAUGGACCUUUUUGUAAAUGUAAUUGCUUCUGCACAAUACCCACAAAAGUGAUGCUGAGGUAUGAUCAGCAGAUAAGGGCCAUUUGUUUUUAAAGUAUGUUGUAUUAAAUUUAUAAAGUGUUAUUUUACCUAAUUGUGAAUUGAGAAUUUUAAAAAUUGGGGGAGAAGCAGUUUAGCAAGCUUUUUUAGCUUAUAAUUACCUACAGUCGGAGGUGUUCUUAACUAAUCCUGAAAAUGUGGUUGACUAUUAUACCCGCUGACGUUUUAUGCUCUGCCAUGAGAGGAGGUUCCAGACGCUCUGUUUGUAGUCCAUGCAGCAGCAGAUAAUCCUUACGUCUAAUGUUAAGUCUGCAGUUUAAACAGUUCUUGUUUGCGUCUCUUUAGAAGUGGGAAACAGCCACUCCUGACCCCCUUCUAGUAAAUUUUCAUAUUUUUGAAGAUAGACACCUUUGGUACUUGUUCUUUGAAACCAUAUUUAGCUGUCUCUGUAGGUAUCCUUUUCAGGACUCUCAGUAUUUGAUUGUUUUCUAUUAGAUAUUCCCCCAUUUUCCUGUAUUUGUGUGUACACGUAUGUGUUCAUGUAAACCUGGUAUGGUAAUUUUUUAUUCUUUCAACGAAUACUUACUGUUCACCUGUUACGUGUGCCAGGAACUCUCUUUGCCUUGGGUAAAGGUGAACAAGACAAAUCUGGUCCCUGCCUUGGCUGAGACAUCAGUUACUGUGACCCUUAAUGAGCUUAUUUGUCUAUGAAGGAGAUAAACAGGGUACUGUGGUAGAGCAUGGCAGGGAAGGCUUCUCUAAGGAAGUGAUGCUCGAGCUGACAUUUGAUGUGAGAAGGGAGUAAGCCAUGGCGGGGAGCCAGGGAGAUCGGCCUUCCUGGCCAAGAGAACGACGUCAAAUGCAAAGGCUCAUUUUGAAGGAAACUCACUAUUAAAUAUUAAUGCUUAUGUAGAAGUCUCUGCACAGAUCCAAACUCGAGGAUCAGAAGGGUUCUAUAAUUUGUAAGAGUUGAGGGUGGCCUUACUUUGUGACAGAUGGCUUCGUGUGUUCAGGUAUGACCACUGUCAGGCUGGCUGGAGAUAACCCAGACCAGCCUCUGCCCCUUUGGAAGAGUUGAGCUUACUUGAGAACUUGGGGUGAUGUUGGGGAGCAGUUCCAGGGACAGAGAACAACCUUGAAAGUGGUAGACGGUCCUGGUAAUCAGCUACUCGUGCCAGCUCUAGCGUCUCAGGAGUGAUGACAUCUCUGCAACCGUGUUGGGAUUCUUCUCUGCAACAUUAAACUGAGACUCAGCUCUUUGGAAAUACCUGUAGUACUGGGACCUUGCACCUGUCGGGCAGUUGACUCUGUUGGCGUUCGAUGACUUUACGUGCUUUUUAAGGAGAUGCUGUGUUUACAUUCUGUUUUGUCUGCUGCGGCCUAAUUUUUGUUGGUUCCCUGCCCCCCCUCCCCUCAUUGGGGUUGUUUUCAUUCUUCUGAGUGAUAAGUUCUCCUGUCUGUUGAAUUUUGUCUUUAUUUAAGUUAGCAACAUUAUUUAGAAUUCCCCCUCCACAGCGCCGGUGAUUUUCUCUGUUUCACAUGAGAACUGAGUGAACAUAUUUUCUGUCACAUUUCUAAGAUGGAUGGUGGUUUGCACAGCAGAGUCCAUAGAGAGACGUUGUAGGGAAUCAGAGGCUGGUGACGUUCCCACUGACUUUGGUUUAACCAGUGGCAGCUUCGUUUUUAUCCUAUAAUGGAGUUCUAUUAUAGAUUUCUUUUUAAAAAAGAGUUUUACUGCUUUAAAAAAAAAGUUGAAAAGUCUGUGUAAGCACUGUUUAGGAUUAGAACACAUGACUGGACUUCGGCCCACUUUUUUGGAACAACCCUACCUGUGUUCUUUUCUCCUACUUCAGGGAACCUUCCUGAUUUGGUUUGAGCUACGCCAGUUAUAUUAAUUAUACAGUAUGCUAUCCAUUAAUUCCGUAAACAUUUACUGAUGUCUGCUCUUUAUCCAGCCACGGUGGAAGGUGCUCAGUAGUGAAAAGAUGACUGGGAUUUAGUCCUGGCCCUCAAGCUGUGGAGUUAUUACUCCUUCUCUCAGGACCUGCCACUUUGCCAGAAGGAAAACUGCCUAAUUUUUCUCAAAAGCUAAAUAUUCGUAUUCUGUACUCUUAAUUCUGUAUCCCAAGUAUAUAAUUGCAAAUUGUUUAAUACCUAGUUUGUUUGUUUAACUUUAAACCAUAUCCAACUUUGCUUGAUUCUUCUGCCUUUAAAUGUGUCCGAUUUUCUCCUUUGUUAAAAUUACUUUAAUUUCAGUUUAUUUGUGCCUUUUAGGUCAGUUUUAAUGAAGACUAAGACACUGAAGGUGAAGAACAAUCAGUCUGGUCUCUUGCUAAUUGAAAUCAAGGAAAGGAUUAUAUAUACCCAGUUGGUUUCUCUACCUCUUCCAAAAGAUGUCCAAAUAUACCUUUAAGAUCUGUCUCCCCCCCCCCCCCCCGCCCCCCGCAAAAAUGCUUUUGAGCAUUUAUUCAGUAAUCAGCACCCUCCCCAGUCUGGUUGAUGGUGAGUUAUAAAGUAACGCAAGAGAAUGUUCACUUUGCUUAAAAUUUGCCUUUAUGUCCACUUGCUUUCAUGGCUAUACAUGAUAAUUUCACAGACUGCCCCCUUCCACACCAUCUCCUCUGUCUCUGUAGAUAACUAGGUAGUCUGUGGACGUAAGCAACAUGUGAUCUUUUCUCUUACUCUGAUCCAACUCACCAGUGUUUAGACGUGACAAAUUUUUGCCCAGUUUCUUUCCUUCAUGAGCUUUACUCUGCUAAAUUCUUGAUAAUUCAUCAACUGAAUUGUAUCCUUCCUCCCUUUCUCAUGACAGAACGUAUCCCUAGUGGUCUUGCUGGCUGCCCUCUUGCCAACCAUGUUUUAUCUGCAGACAUCAGAAUGUUUCCAUUGACCUUUACUAAAGACCAAAAACGAUGGUGCUUUUCAUACCCAGGGUCCUAAUUCACCAUGAAGGUUGAUGUUGUUCCAGUUGGUCAAUCACUUAAAUCUUAACAGAUGGCUGAGAAAUUCUCUCCAGUUAAAUGUCUUUGUGACUAGUAAAUAGCAUGAAUUACAGAUUCUAUUUUAAAUUAUGUUUAGGAUUAGGAGCUUUUCCAGCAGUUGCAACCAAUGAUUUUCCUCUAACACCAGCCCAUUUCCACCUUGGAGCGUAUUGGGUUGUUGUUAGUACAAUCAAGAGUAAUGAUGAUAGUGAGUGGUCUCUAGAGGUGGUCAGAAUCCUACUGUUGAGUUCCUUUUAUGUCUUUUCAAGCUUUCAUGAAUAUUUUAUGUGUUCAGACUACCUUUUAUGUGUGGGGAUUGAGGGACAAAUCAUCUCUUGGAGUGGAAUUCCUGUGUUUGGAGCCUCAACCAGGAAACGUCAGCUAUACUAGAUAUAGACAGCCUCAUGAUAGCCUUUAUGGUAAGAACUUGUCUAAUUUCUUGAAUAAUUUCUUGUAAUUUUUUGAAUAGGAAUGGUUUUAUCUUGGAUAUUAUAGCUAACUUUAUAUAUAGCAUAACUGCCUUAAAUCUUUUUAGUAGGAAAUAAAUUCUAUUGUGUGUGUGUAUGGAUUUAUAGAUACAUACACACUCCUAGGAAAACCUUAACAGUAGGGGUCAUUUAUCUGCUUACAUUUUAGCAUCACGGAGUAAUUCUGUUGUUUAAAUCUCAGAUCUCACUGAGAGUUCCUUAAUUUGCUUGCAGACAUUUUCUUUUCAGACCUUCGGAGUAAUUUAUUUAUUCUGCCAGAGUCCUGAUUGGUGGUUUGGUUAGUAUGCCAUUUUUAGGCAGCUUGAUAAUGAAGAAUCAUAACUGGAAUUCUUUAACAUCAAGUAAAACUACGAUAGACACCCAUUGAUUAAAUUAUUAUACGUCAAGUGGUCUCUGGAAGGUACUAGAGUAGGGUUAACUUUUUUUUUUUAAGUGUCAGAUUGCCAUCCUCUGUUUUCGUCUUAGCUUAAGAUUGCUGAGCUGCUUAAGAUACCUGGGAGGUAGCACUACCAAGUUAAGUUCUCCUGUAGUUAAGGGCAGCCUGAAGGUGGUUCAGACCUGACUUUCUUAGCUGUGCUCAACAGAAAUGGAUUUUCCAAAGUUCUUUGGGUCAUCUCUGAUUCACAGACUCCUGACCAGAGUGUGUUAGCCUAAGUUAACUUCAGUGUCCAUUGGUUUGCUGCCAUGAGAUCUGUAAUAGACCACACAUUUCAAGCACUGGUGGAGACAGAAGGGCCCUUGGAAGAAUAAUACUGCUGUUGAUGGGAGUGAGAAGGAUUCGUUAGCACCACACAAAGGACGUAUAGAUUUUUCUCCAAAAAAAAUCCUGCAAAAUCAUCUUCUCCUACCCUUCAAAAAAAAAAAAAAAGAAAGAAAGAAAGAAAGAAAGAAAGAAAGAAAGAAAGAAAGCUCUUUGUUUCUCCAGAAUGUUCAGUGAGAAGUUAAGGAUUUACUUCCUAUUUCUAAUCAAAGAUGAUCAUUUAUUGAACCAUGAAAUCCAUAAUAUACCGAUAUAAGAACAAAAGUGAAGUCUUAGACCUCGAAAAAUACUUCAUUAUGUAUUUUGCGUUUCACACUCCACUUUUCUUCUUUCUCUCUGUGGCUUUAAAGCUUUUGGCUAUUUUACACUGUUAGUCACUAGAUAACUUGCCAUAUUUCUGGUUCUAUAUUAAGUUCUACCCUUUACAAUGCCGUAGCAGAAAGUUGAUUCUCAGCAUCUGUCUGUAGGGAUAGAAGUCUUACUAAAAGUCUCUUCCAAAGAGAUUUUCAUUUUCCUUUUUUCAGUAAGUCCCUUAAGAAAUAUGUCGGUCUCGUUAUUCACGUUCUUGGAUUGUUCAAACAAAAGAGUACAUUGGUGAGAAUAGGGUGCUUUUCUGGUGAAUGUAUGUACCUGCUUUAAGAAUGUAUUCAUUUGUUGGUUUGUGUAACUACCAUACACACAGAUUAAUUUAAAUUGGGGGAAAUCAUCACAUGUAGCAAGUAGGUAAUCUGCAUAGAUUUAAUUUUAAAAAUCCUGUUUCUUGGCAAGACACAGAACCCAAAUUGGUCACUUUUUAGACCAACUUUACCUCAGGCUUCAUUGUUGCUUUUCUGACCCUGACAUUUAAGGCAUAAAUAUUUAUAUCUUUUUAUUAGCGAUAGUGAAGCUGUGACACGAACCAUUUUUACACAAGAGGGCAAAACAAGAAAAACUAGAGAUUACGCCGAAAGCAGAUGUGCAGUUGUUGAACUAGAUCACAGCGUUGUAGGCAAAAUAAAAAUGUUCAUAUCUGAGAAUACUCUUUGCCAUCACUUCCCAAGGCCAGACCUUCUGGCAGAACGCUGUAAAAAGUAACAAUUCCGGGCCUUUGUAAUCUGAGGGGAGUAUCUCCAGUUGGCAGUCUUUCCAAUAUAUGAAGCAAGAAUGUGGGAAAUAGUUGGCAAAGAGUGUUUUCACCUAAAAAAAGAAAAUGAAAAGACAUAUAAAACUGAAUUAUUCAUUUAGCUCUGAAAAUCUCAGAAAGAUUCAGUGAAAUACUAUAUAACUGGACCAAACGAGAAGAAGCUUUAGAGGAUUUGUCUGAAAACAGGUUUCAAGAAUGAACUUUUAUACACUGACCACUAAUUUGCUUAGGUACCACCAACUGUUCUUAUAAUGGACACCAUUAAAUAAAGAAUCCAUGGACUUCUAGGAGCUUGCCAUAAGCAAUGCCCUAAAAGUGUUUUUUGAGCUGAUGUCCUCAUAGGUAGCUUUACGAUCUUGAAAAUUCUUACCUUCUACCUAGGGAUACGAGGGGAAGAGUGAGCGGUGUUCUCAGUGUGACCGACGGCCCUGGGACACUUGGGACUGAGGUGUUCCCUGCAUACAGGACUUUCAGUUCCAAACCUGGGAAAGUUCUGGGUGCGCCGGGAAGAACUGUCACCCUAGGUGUUCUUACGACUAGCCCUCACUCCCUAAAACAUUGUGAUGGUUACAGUUAAGUUCAGCUGCCUUAGGGCUUGUCAACAUUGCUGAGACUUGGAUGUGUGUCCUCCAGUCACUUACUACUGUGGACGGAAUGUGAGAUUCAUAACAAAUAACAGCAAAUGGCACCAACGAGGUGGUGAGACUUCACACUUAGUAAUCCAGGGAAGGUAACCAGGGGGCUAAUGAAACAGAAGAGGCAACUAGAUAGCUAAGUUCUUCAGAACCUGUGUGUAUAUGGAAGUACAAAUCAUGUCUUUAUGGGGUUAAAGCUAAUCUGAGAUUUACAUGUUUCACAGUAAGAGAAAACUGAGUGGUAUUGUGGAUUUCUCCUCGCUUGAGAGAAAAUACGGCCUUGGAUGCUCUAGCCUCUGCUACAUUCUGCAGACUGUCCUGCUCAAGAGGCCAGAAUGUAGUGUUGAUUCUCAGUGACUGUUGUAUUGAGAUUACUAAAUGCAUCGGCCAAUGGCAGGGGAAGAAAGUGGGUGUCCGGAUCCAGACUGAGCGGUGCCCUCAGUUUUGGUAGCCCCCUACCCCUCAGGUGUUUACCAGCUAGAGCGCCAAGCACGGGAGGUGAGAUUUUUCUAAUACAGCAUUAAUUUUGUAAUGCAACAUAUGAGGGAUGCAGUCUGUCGUCGUUUCCCUGUGGUAGUCCUCGGAGCCUGCGUCCUCUGUGCACUGUGAUGUAGAUGGUAGGUGUGUUCUUUGUAAGCUUUAAUCCUAUGGUUGUCAAAAGUAUGAUGUGGUUCCAUUUUUUUCUUUUUUAAACGAUGAGCUGAGGCUUUAUUGCAGCUGGUUUUCAAGUUAAAAUUGUGAAAUACUGAUUUCCUUCCCCUCGCCCACACCAAAUAUUUUAGUCUAUUUAAAGUACAAAAAAAAAAAAAAUAGUUCUACUUAAGAAAACAUUGCUUAAAUGUCCUGUGAUUUCUGGUCAAUUUUUAUAUAUAUUUGUGUGUGUCUGUAUGUGCUCUCACUUUUUACCUUGUUUGCUCUCUACCUGUGUUAACAGUACUUUCACCAUUGAAAGGUGAACAUUUUUCCUAGCAUUAAAGAAAAAAAGCCAUUUGAGUUGUUUACCAUGUUAUUAUGGGACUGAUUCUUAAUUGUUUUAAUUGAUUUUAACUUAAACUGAUCUUUCUUAGAGGGGAUUAUAUUUUGCUGUCCAUGCCCUAAAUUAUAUGGAAACAAAAAAAAAUUGUGUGUGUUUCACAUAAUGGCAGUAUGAUACGAAGAGUUCAUCUUUUUCUUUAAGUUUUGUAUAAAAAGUUUAUUCUACUCCCCUGGCAGACAGAUACACACUGCUUGAUAUUACACCCCACAGCACACCCAUAACACAUACCCCCCCCAGUGCCGGUAAGUUACACGGUUUAGUUUCUUUCAGAGCCUGCUUGUGCCAAAUUAAUGAUCUCCAAUACGUAUCAACUGCUGUAAACAAAACAGACUAGAAGGGGAAAUUCACAUUUACUCUCAAAAUGUACUCCUAGCAAAAACAACAACAACAACAACAAAAACCUUUUAAGCAAGAUUCCAUUGAAAAAAGAGUAAGCCACAGCUUACUCAUAAUUAUAGUGCCACAAAAUAAUUGAAAACGCUAAAAACUUUUUAGAUGAGCCAAUUCCUCUGUGCCUUGCAAGAGCUCAGCUCCUAGGAUGAAUCAAUACUUCUGGUUAGCAGACUGCUCUCUUCAAAUCAUUUAAGACAGACGCGCUUUAGGAUGUAACAAAAGGGACUUCACAAGCGGAAGUACGUGCUACUCUGCUUGGCAUUGAACAGUCUAGGAACUAGCAUGGUUGCAUCAACAAUCUUGAAUUGGUAGAAACCUAUUUAAACGAAUCCUACUUAAAUUGCUACUCCAUGGAACUUUAUAAACCAUGUGAAAGGAAUCUUCCAGCAUUAACUACAUCACUGCACUAGACGGCAGGAGAAGAUCGUUUUCCAUUGUCACCUCACCCUGGGAACGUUCCUGGCUCAUUAACCUGUUAGUGACACUGGUUGUCUGCACUGGGAGAUUUCCAUAAUUACCCUAGUCUCCAUAAUUGCACAUGCUCACCAAAGGGCUGAAGAGUAGGGGAGGAGUAUGUUGUAUGUUUGGGCUUUAUCCCCAUUUGGCAAAUCCUUUCCCCUCCCCCCCGCCCUUGCUUCAAAAUAGAUUGAAAGCCCCUUAGUUUGGGAAGCAGAUCUUUUACUAUCAAAAUGAUGUAUUCCAGUGCUGUCAUUUUAAGCACCUGAUACAUCUGAGGGUGAAGACCGUGUUCAUCUGCUACUCAAGAACAUACUUGUCCUGUGCAGUUGUCCAGCUUCCUUUCCUCCUCUUCAUCACCAUAUAAAGAUGAGCCCGACCUGAAAAUGAAUAGUUCACCAAUGUAGGAAUCCCAAAGAACAAAGGCAUAUAUAAAAGCUACUUUCUGCUAUGAUAAAUAGGUAUGGGAACGUGUAGAAUCGGUUUAGCUGAUGGUUAUUUUGUGUAAAAGCGAAUGUCAUGUUGGUUUACACAUAGGAAGACGACAUUUCCAAAAUCAACCACAUUACUAGAAGGCAAGAACAUUGAAUCCGACUUAAUGGGUAACAAGUUCAGUGAUAACCAACAACAGACUAAGCCUGCCUUUAGGAAGCUGCAAACAAACCAUGUGUUUCUGUGCUCCAGUGCAAGCUACGUGACCUUACGGUUGGUUAUGGGAUAAAUGGAGUUUGAGAUAGGGAUUGGCCACCGCUUCUGUGUUCUGUCUUCGAUAGUUUUGUUGGCUGCCUCUGCACCUACCUUAAUGCUAUCCAGUAAUAAGAUUGCUUAAAAAGUUUCGAAAGUAAUUUAGGAAAGAUGAUCCCGGAGGAGGAAGAAGGUGCUUCUGAAUGAUGUGCGAUAAGAGAAUGGACAAAAUACCGUCUAAACACAAUAUUCAAGGAUGCGCUGAAUGUGGACGGAUGGAGAGGACUUGAGAAGCUGUUCGAAAUGAGGUCUUGGAGCCAAACUCUUGUGACUUUGUGCACGAAAGCGGGAUGUCGCAAAGGAUAGGAGAAUACCCAACAUAACCCUGGCCAAGUAUGGGCUGCUUGUUUGGGCAUGGGGAGUUGAAACACGUUCGUGUGUGUGUGUGUGUGUGUGUGUGUGUGUGUGUGUUAACCGAAACAACUUUUUGCUCAACGUACAGCUGGAGAUUAUUAAUCUAGAGAACCCUCUGGGAUUUUAUGCAGAAUGUUGUGUGUAUGUAGGUUUUUCUGACAAAAAGUAGCAAUCAUCAGAGAGGCCUUAACCACUGCCCAACAGGAAUUCUCCAUUGAGAUCCCGUCUUGAACUUAAGCUAGAGUUUAGUCUGAUUUUAAGUCUUGUUCAAGUUUUAUUCAUGAGCUACCUUAUCUCUAGACUAUAUUUGAUCACACUUUCAAAUAUACAUGCCAUGUAAAUAAGAUUUUAAUGCUAAUGAUGACCUUACUUCUAAAUGAUUGCAGUUUUUAAGUAUGUUUGGGCUGCGGUGGCUAAAAACAAAGAUUUAAACAAGCCUAGCUUAACAUGUGGAAUAAAAGUAUUCUAGGUUGCCUUUUUAUAUUGAGAAUACUUUCAUAUUGAAAAAACAGAUGAGGUGUCUUCGUUUUACCCAAGAACCACAAACUACAUCGUUCCAACUUUUAAAUCAAAAUCUUGAAUAAUAGCAUGUGGUAGCACCACAUUUUGAAAACGUACUUAGUUGAUCACAAACACAUUUUCUAAGGAAUUGAGUUUUAUAGAGAUAAUUGAAUGCUUUCAUCUGUAACGGAAUUAGCGGCCUGCAAACCACUGUGGUUUCUUCCUAUGCUCUGAAGUUGUCAAAGGGGACUUUUCCACUGCAAGAUUCUUGUAUAAAGGAAGUACGCAGCAGAGGAAAUUCAGUUUUUAAACUCA